AUGCAAAACAAUGAAGAAUGUCCACAGAGUAUCAUUUGGGAUGCUGUACUGUUCAGGGAUUGGAAUCUCGUUAAAGAAGAAUGCUCCAAAUGCCCAUUGAAUGUAGGAUAUGUUGACGGUGACUAUGAUGAAACACCAUUGCAUCUUGCCAUCCAAAAUGAUGCACCCCUUGACGUAAUCACCGCUAUCGUUGAUGCUUUUCCCGGCUCUGUAAGAACAUCUUCCCGAGCAAAUAGGGACUUGCCACUUCACCUUGCCUGUAGAUAUCAAGUAAAAGCGGAGAUCCUAAAGGUUCUUACUAGCAGGGACCCUGCCACGGCAUUGUGCGAAACAAAACUAGGCAAGAAGCCUAUCAAAAUUCUUUGGGAAAAGGCCGGUGCCGAGACAAAAAUCACUCCAGAAUUGUGGUCAAGAGUCACAGUCAUGCUAUCGGCAGUGGCUAAAGCACGACGACAAUGCGAAACACAAUCCGAUGAGGACGAGAAAUUUCUGCUCCAUGCUGCAGUAUCACUUGGAGCUCGAUCAUGUCCCAGUACGAUCAUUCGAAACCUUCUUCAUGGAAAUCCAAAGCUGACGGGAGCAAGCCAACGAGAUUGGUCUCAUCGUCUUCCAUUACAUAUUGCAGUUGGACCUACUUCGUGGUCAAAUGAAACCCGCCGAAAAUACAAGCCAAGGGAAAGAGUUUUUAUUUCCUUACUAUUGGAGGCACAUCCAAAAGGAGCGUAUGAGCAAGAAACUCAAUCAAAUCGCUACCCGCUUCAUCUUGCACUGUCGAAUCGACACUGCUGGUCGGAAGGGGUUUCAGACUUGAUGCGGGCGGCACCAGAAGUGCUGUUGCUACCAGAUCCAGUCACAAAAUUAUUCCCGUUCCAGCUUGCAGCAAUUCCAGUUGGAGAUACAUGUGUAGAUUUAGAUACAGUAUUUCGUUUACUGAGAAGCCAACCUAAUGUUCUGGGCUUCUUCGAGCCACGACAAUACCACCAAGUGCAAGGACGCAGCCUUGCGACAAAUUGGGGCAUCUACAACUUUCCCGGGUAUAUUCAAUCAUUUUUUGUUUGA